AAUUUGUGGUUAGUAAAAGAAUACACACAAAAUUCAAACAGAGUUUUUAUUCUUUUAGGAGAAAGAAAUAGCCAAGGCUCCGACAACGACAACAGCAACGAGGGGGUCUCCUAGAAAGGAAGUGUGACACAAAACACAAUCCUUGAUUUCUAAUUAUACGCUACAAACAAUGGAACCCCAUUAGCUUUGAUUCAUGCCCUUUACACGCUACCCUAGAGAGAAACCACCUCACGAAUGAAAUAUUCGAUUUUGAGUGAGAGGAACCAAAUAUACGUUCCUCAAUGUCUAAUCUACCUGAUUCAACGAGGAGUGUGGCUGUGCAACUUAUUUACUUAUUUAUUUGCCAAACAUUUUGUGCUGCUGAAAGGCUUGAAAACGUUGUUUAGUUUGCUUUGAAUUCAGGCCUUUGUUCUUCUCAUUCUCAGCAAUCUUUUAAUAGAUGAGAACCUGAUGCUUUUGUAAAAAUAGGACACCAAAAGAUGCAAAUGCAAACUGAUUUUAAUGCGGUAGAGGAUCAAUAUGAGCUAUGUGAGGCUGGAUAUCCAAACAAAACUGCUAUAGCAUGCAUGAUAAAUGCAGAGAUUAGUGCUGUGUUGGCAGUUAUGCGAAGAAAUGUUAGAUGGGGAAUUCAUUACAUUUCAGAUGAUGAUCAAUCAGAGCACUACCUUGUUCAGUCAUUAAAGACGUUGAGGAGACAAAUUUUCUCAUGGAAGAAUCAAUGGCGUGCCAUCAACCCUGCCUUGUAUCUCCAGCCUUUUCUGGAUGUGAUACGAUCAGAUGAAACUAGUGCGCCUAUUACUGGUGUUGCUUUGUCAUCUGUUUACAAAAUCUUAACUCUAGAUGUGAUUGAUAAGCACACUGUCAAGGUUGGGGAUACCAUGCACCUGGUGGUUGAUUCCGUCACUAGUUGCAGAUUUGAAGUGACUGACCCUGGAUCAGAAGAAGUGGUAUUAAUGAAGAUUUUGCAAGUUCUUCUAGCUUGUGUUAAAGGUAAAGCAUCUGUAAUGCUGAGUAACCAACACGUUUGCACCAUAGUGAACACUUGUUUCCGAAUAGUUCAUCAAGCAGGAACCAAAGGUGAGCUGUUCCAACGAAUAGCACGGUACACAAUGCAUGAACUGGUUAGGUCUAUAUUUUCUCACCUUCAGAACAUUGACAACACAAAGUGUGGAUUCAUAAAUGGGAGCGCUACCUUAAAGCAAGUGACCAAUGGACUAAAUAAUGACCAUGCUCUGGCAAGCAGAAAAUUGGAAAAUGAGAGGCUUAAUUCUGCACGUGAUGCUCAACCAUUAUCUACAAUUACUGCUUCCGGCGCUGCACCUGUUGUGGCAGCAAACGCAGUGGAUGAAAACACAGCUAUUGCUAGCAGUGGAAAUGAAACUGAUCCACACGAAUUACUGCUCAUGACUCAUGGGGUUCCUUGUAUAGUGGAAAUAUUUCACUUCUUGUGUUUUUUGCUGAAUGUCACUGAGCAUAUGGGAGUGAAUCCUAGAUCAAACACAAUGACUUUUGAUGAAGAUGUGCCUCUUUUUUCGUUAACUUUGAUUAAUUCGGCCAUAGAGUUGGGAGGGCCAUCCUUCUGCCAUCACCCAAGACUGCUGUGUUUAAUCCAGGAUGAAUUAUUCUUCAAUCUUAUGCAAUUUGGUUUAUCAAUGAGCCCUCUUGUACUUUCGAUGGUGUGUAGCAUUGUUCUCAAUUUGUAUCACCAUCUUCGCCAAGAACUCAAGUUACAGCUAGAAGCAUUUUUUUCUUGCAUAAUUUUGAGGCUUGCACAAAGCAAAUAUGGUGCCUCAUAUCAGCAACAAGAGGUUGUGAUGGAAGCACUCGUUGAUUUUUGCAGGCAAAAAACAUUCAUGGUGGAGAUGUACGCCAACUUUGACUGUGACAUAAGUUGCAGUGAUAUCUUUGAAGAUAUUGUUGAUUUGUUGUCCAAAAGUGCAUUUCCUGUGAACAAUCCAUUAUCUUCCAUGCACAUUCUUUCCUUAGAUGGUCUUAUUGCUGUAAUGCAGGGAAUUUCCGAAAGAAUAGGUAGUGAAUCUUUAAGUUCAAAACAAUCUCCUGUGAAUUUUGAGGAGUAUACACCAUUCUGGAUGGAAAAGUGUGAUAGUUUUGAUGACCCAAAUGAUUGGGUUCCUUUUGUCUGCCAAAGAAAGUACAUAAAGAGAAAAUUAAUGAUAGGAGCUGAUCACUUCAAUCGGGAUAUUAAGAAAGGUCUUGAGUUUCUCCAAGGAGCACAUCUUUUGCCUAACAAACCUGAUUCCCAAAGUGUUGCUUGCUUUUUAAGAUACACAGCUGUGUUGGAUAAGAAUUCCAUUGGUGAUUUCCUUGGAGAUCAUGAUGAAUUCUACAUUCAGGUUCUUCAUGAAUUUGCUAAGACAUUUGAUUUCCAUGAUAUGACCUUAGACACAGCCCUACGUGUAUUUUUGGAGACUUUUAGGCUUCCUGGAGAAUCACAGAAGAUACACAGGGUGCUUGAAGCUUUCUCUGAGAGAUAUUAUGAACAAUCACCAGAUAUCCUAGCUAACAAGGAUGCUGCUCUCGUGUUAUCAUACUCAAUUAUAUUGCUUAAUACUGAUCAUCAUAAUGUGCAGGUCAAAAAGUAGAUGACAGAAGGAUUUAUCCGAAAUAAUAGGCAUAUAAAUGGUGGCAAUGAUCUGCCUCGAUAAUUUCUAUCAGAGAUUUACCAUUCUAUUUGUAAGAGUGAAAUUCGUACCACUCUUGAACCAGGCUUUGGAUUUCCUGAAAUGACCCCAAGUCGGUGGAUUUCUCUGAUGCACGAGGCAAAUAAAACUUCUCCAUACAUUGUCUCGGAUUCCCGAGCAUACUUAGAUUAUGAUAUGUUUGUGUUGUUGUCAGGCCCAACAAUUGUUGCCAUUUCUGUGGCUUUUGAUAAUGCGGAAAAUAAAGAGGUAUAUCAAAGAUGUAUGGAUGGAUUCUUAGUUGCUGCUAAGAUAUCAGCCCACUAUCGUCUUGAAAAUUUACUUGAUGGUCUGCUUGUGUGCAUAUGUAAGUUCAUUACCAUUUUGGAUCCAUUGUCAGUUGAGGAUUCUGUCCUGGCCUUGGGAGAUGACACAAAAGUAAGAAUUGCAACUGAGACAGUUUUCACUAUUGCAAAUAGGUAUGGUGAUUACAUCCGCACAGGGUGGAGGAGUAUUCUUGAUUGUAUUUUAAUAUUUUACAAGUUGGGCCUCCUUCCCCCUCGCUUGGCCAGUGAUGCAGCUGACGAGUCUCAGGUAACUACGGAAAUUGGACAUGGAAAAUCUAACUCAUAUUCUAUAGUGUCAUCUAAUCUUCAAUAUAUUGCUCCAAAGAGAUCCUCAGGAUUAAUUAGUAGGUUUAGUCAACUCUUAUCACUUGGUUCUGAAGAGAUACAAUCAAUACCGACAAAAGAACAGCUGGCUGCUCAUCAGCUAGCUACACAAGCAAUUCAGAAGUGUCACAUUGAUAGCAUAUUCACUGAGAGUAAAUUUCUGCAAGCUGAAUCUCUAUUGAAUCUUGAAAGAGCACUCAUCAAUGCUGGAGCUCAACAUCUGAAAGGAAACAGAAUACGUGAGGAUGAAGAGUCUUCAGUUUUCUGCCUGGAGUUAUUGGUGGCAAUUACUCUGAAUAACAGGGACAGAGUUGUACUUCUUUGGAAGGGUGUUUAUGAACACAUAUCCAAUAUUAUUCAGUCAACUGUGAUACCCUGUGCCCUGGUUGAAAAGGCUAUUUUUGGACUUCUUAGAAUUUGCCACCGCUUACUUCCCUACCAAGAGAACAUUACUGAUGAACUUUUGAGGUCCCUGCAACUUGUUUUGAAGCUUGACGCACUAGUUGCAGAUGCAUACUAUGAGCAGAUUACACGGGAAGUCGGUUGCCUUGUGAAGGCAAAUGCUUCUCGUAUUAGAUCUCAGUCUGGAUGGUGGACUAUUACAGCUCUGCUCUCAAUCACUUCUAGACACCUGGAUUCAUCUGAGGCUGGAUUUGAUGCGCUGCUGUUCAUUAUGUCUGAUGGUGCUCACUUGCACCCUGCUAAUUACAUUCUCUGUGUAGAUGCUGCGAGACAGUUUGCCGAGUCUCGUGUGGGACAGGUAGAUCGGUCUAUAAUUGCACUAGAUCUUAUGGCAAGUUCUGUCAAUUCCUUAGAAAAAUGGUCGAAUAAUGUUAAGAAAACUGUGAAACAACAGGAAGUGGAAAAGAUGUUGCAGGAUAUUGGGGAGAUGUGGUUUAGGCUAGUGCAGGGACUGGGGAAAGUAUCUUUGGACCAGAGAGAGGAGGUUAGAAACCAUGCAUUGUUAUGUUUACAGAAGUGCUUGAAAGGAACUGUUGGGACUCACCUCCCACGUGAUUUGUGGUUGACAUGUUUUGAUCAAGUUAUCUUUACUGUGCUCGAAGACCUGCUUGAAAUUGCGCAGUCGCAUUCUCAAAAGGUCUACCCAAACAUAGAAGGAACACUUGUUAUUGCCUUAAAGCUUGUGUUUGAAGUUUUCCUCCAGUUACUCCUAGAACUAUCACAAUUGGCGUCCUUCUGCAAACUAUGGGAGGGUGUUCUAAGCUGUAUGGAAAAAUGUGUGAAGAUGAAAAUUGAAGGAAGAAGAAGUGAGGAGCUUCAAGAGCUUGUGCCUGAGCUUCUGAAGUACACUUUGCUUGUUAUGAAAUCUGGAGACAUACUAGUGCAGAUUAAUAAUGGUUCGGGAGAAAAUAGUUUGUGGGAACUGACAUGGCUACAUAUGAAGAAUAUUGCUCCCUCAUUGCAAUCUGAGGUGUUUCCUGAGCAAGAUCCGGAGCAGCUACAGCACAGACAGGUUAAAGCAGUUGAAAGUUUGGGAUCUGAUGCAAACAUGUCCGAUCCUUCAAAUGAAAAAGAGGGCAACGAUGGAGUUGAGAUCAGUUAGUUCUAGCUGACAGUGUCUAAGCAACUUGAAUUGGUUUUUCUGUGUCCCAAUGAACACCCCCCACAAUCUUAGUCUAACCUUGAUCAGUUUUCAUUUUUGUAUCUUGAGGUUGUGCGGGCGUUAUAGCUAAUUAUGCAGUAGAUGACAUUAUUAAUGUGGUUGGAUCAGGUUGGUCAUGCUAAGCAUGAAGUGAAGUUGCCUGUUAUUUGGUAUUCUCUCUUUCUCAUAAUUGCCACAGGGACUUUUGGUUGGAGAUAUGUUAUACUGCAUAGAUACACUGAAAUUAUAAAGCAUCAGUAUUUCUUUCUAGGUUGUACAGAACUCCAAAUUAUCUCUUUUUGUAUUGACUGGGACAUGUAUUUACCCUGUAUGUUAGCGAUGUAAACAACAUUUUUUAGAUGAUCAUAAAUAUACACACACAUGUUAAGAUUAUUAAA